AUGAAGGACCUCACACUAAUGAUACCCAAACUGCCCACUCGUAAUGUCCUCACCGGAGCCGUGGUCAACUGGGACGAUGAUGAGAUGGCUGGCCUCGGUGACACGCCAGAGAACCUCACUUUGGCUUGGAAGGACCUCUCUGUGUAUAGGAAGAGGAAGACACAGACUAGCAUCUGGCGAUCUGCAACGUAUGAGGAAGUUAAAGUGUUGCAUGGAGUGAGCGGCAUCGUGUCUUCUGGCAACUUAGUAGCUUUAAUGGGAUCAAGUGGAGCCGGUAAGACCACGCUACUCGCUGCUAUAAGUCGUCGAGACAAAAGUGCUACCACGGGCUACCUUAUGCUAAACGGGCGCCUGGCUGGUGCUGAUCUGAUCGCCAGGAUAUCUGGCUUUGUUCCCCAAGAGGAUUUGUCCAUUGAAGACUUGACUGUUGCAGAACACAUGGAGUUUAUGGCACGCCUCAUGAUGGAUAAACGAUCAACCUCUAGCACCAGAUCUCGCCGAGUGCAGCAACUUCUUGGAGAACUGGGAAUUUCUACUUGCACAAGCACAAAGCUGAAGGCUUUGUCUGGUGGCGAGAGGAAGAGAGUCGCUUUGGCUGUCCAAUUGCUCAAUGACCCUCCAAUUCUAUUCUGUGAUGAGCCAACCACGGGUCUCGAUAGUUUCGCCGCUAACUCAGUGGUAUCACGACUGCGACGUCUUGCAAUUGGUGGCAAGCUGGUGAUAUGUUCCGUACAUCAACCAGCAUCUGGAGUAUUCGAGCUUUUCCACCAGGUGGUGCUCUUGGCGAAUGGAAGAAUUGCAUUCCAUGGAACAAUAGAACAGGCUGACCAGUUCUUCGCUUCACUCAACUUCAAAUGCCCAGUAGGUUUCAAUGCGGCGGAGUAUUACGUAUCUCUCUUAGGGGUACAGACAGACAAAGAGCUGGAGAGUCAGGAGCGAAUCCGGCGCAUUUGCAACGAGUACCAGCGUUCUGAUAUAGCAGUCGCUAUUGAGAACCGCGUGGGAGAUGUCAAGGACGAGUUAGAAUAUUUUAAUGGCACUGUAGAUGAGAAGAAUUUAUACUUCGAGAGAUACUUAACUUUAGUCAAAGUGAACUACUUCGUCCAAUUCUAUUGGUUAUUAUGGAGAAAUAUAUUAUCUGUAAAGCACAACAAAUCUAUAUGGAUAGCUGAAUUUUGUCUCCUAAUGUUUGUUGGACUCAUAAUAUCAAUUCCAUACAUGGGCCACUUCGAGGAGUUGGAUCAGAGAGACAUCCAGAAUGCCGAGGGACUCCUCUACCUCACCAUAACAGAGACAAUAUUUCUCUUCAUAUAUGCAGUCUUCAUCACCUUUCCGCAAGAGGUUCCUAUACUAUUGCGGGAAACAGCGAGUGGACUGUAUUCCCCGCUACCGUAUUAUUUGUCAAAGAUGAUAUUUUGGAUACCACGCGCAGUCAUAGAACCAAUAUGCUUCGUGACGUUGGUAUUUCUCGUCGCUGGCCUCCAAGGUGGUAUAGCGAACUGGGUUGGCUUCUGUUUUGUUUGCAUCCUCUGCGCGAACUACGCAAAUGCUUAUGGUUCUUUUCUAUCCUCCGUAUUCAAUAAAAUGGAAACAGCUGCGCUUGUAUGCGUCCCGUUCGAUUUAAUUGGCACAAUGUUCUCGGGUCUCUAUAUGAAUCUAGCAAGCGCCUCGCCCUAUUUCUCCUGGCUGAAGUACGUCUCUGGAUUUUACUACGGCGUCGAGUCGAUUUCAAUCAUACAAUGGGAUUCUAUUGAAACGAUCAACUGUGUUAGUGUGAAAGGCGUUCCCUGCAUCAAGACGGGCCCGGAUGUGUUGAGUAGAUUUGGCUACUCCGAAUCGCAUUUUUGGAGGAAUUGCACGUGUUUGGCAGCUAUGUACUGUAUUGCUCACACUAUAGCAUUUCUUAUGGUCGUCAAGAGAAGCCGAGGCACGCCUGUAUAUUAG